UUGGCACUUCCUUUCUUAAUUUUGUUGUCAAAAUGGGUAUAGAUAUUUGCCACAAAUACGAUAGGAAGGUUCGUAGGACAGAACCAAAAUCCCAAGAUGUUUAUUUGAGAUUGUUGGUGAAAUUGUACCGCUUCUUGCAGCGUCGCACCAACAAAAAAUUUAAUCGUAUAAUAUUGAAGCGUUUGUUUAUGAGCAAAACAAAUAGGCCACCUAUGUCACUACAGCGUGUUGCUCGUUUUUAUAAAAAAAGUGGUCAAGAGGAUGUUACUUGCGUAAUAGUAGGCACCGUUACUGAUGAUGUCCGUCUUUUAAAAGUACCUAAGAUGACAGUAUGCGCUUUACAUGUUACACAGAAAGCUCGUGAACGCAUCUUAAAUGCAGGUGGUAAAAUUCUUACAUUCGAUCAACUCGCAUUGAAAUCACCGACAGGCAAGAAAACUUUAUUAAUGCAAGGAAAACGUACUGCGAGAGAAUCGUGCAGACAUUUUGGAAAAGCCCCAGGAGUUCCCCAUUCACACUCAAGACCUUACGUUAGAUCAAAAGGACGUAAAUUUGAAAGAGCUCGCGGUCGUCGUUCAAGCUGUGGCUAUAAAAAAUAAAUGCUUAUAUAAAAAAUAUAAAUAGCUAUUAAAAACCAAUAAAAAACUUUAAAGUGAAAUUUUAUGUUUUGAAUGGUAGGUAGUUGCCUACAUAAUUUUUAUUGGAGUUUCUAUAAAUAGAUAACAUGGCUAAAUUCAUAA